AUGGAAAUGGUGGAGGGGGAGGACGCGGCGGCGGCGGCAAGCGCGUGGCCUGGUUCCUCCCGCCGGAGCCACCUCCUCCAGUUCCUGCUCCACGCCUCCAACCGGCUCGACCUCCGGCCCAUCGUCAAGUACUCCGCGCUCUCGUUCUUCGAUGGGUGCUUCCUCCCCGCGCUUCCGAGGAAGAUGGGGUUCUGCGGCGCACGAAGUGAACGGGCCGUCAGGUUGUGGCUGAUCGAGCCCCUCGGGGACAGCAACCUGGAGCUCUUCGCGCUCGUCGCGGUGUGGAUCGCCAGCAAGAUCCAUGAGAUGAGGCCACUGUCUGUGAAGAGCCUCAAGGCGCUCAGCGACCGCAUCAUCGCCGACCAGCAUUUCACAUGCCGUGAUUUCGCGGAUGCUGUGAGUUCAUGGUGCAUUGUUCUCUUUCAUUUCGGCUCCUGA